AUUUAUCAAUCCCCCCGGUCGGCCCCCCAAAUGAAGGUGAGGCCCACACUUUUGUCGUCACUUCCGAUGCAAUUACCUCAGCAGCUGCUCAGUCUUUAAUGCAUACAUAUAACUAACUACCUAGUAUACAUUGUACCACAGUACAUCUGUACAAUCUACACACAUACAUCUGCCAUGAUGUCCAUCACAUCGUAUUAUUCCUUCCAUUAGAUAUUAUUCGGACCAAUACCCGCGGCUGGUGGCAUUUUAUGGUUGCAGCUGUUGCUAGUACAACCUAUGACGAGAAGGUGCUACGUAAUACUUGACUCGAACUGUUGAGGCUGAAAUCUAGAACUGUACCUACAGUAUUAUACCUACCUACAUAAGUAUACUCACAUAUACAGCAUUGGACCGGUCAAAGCUCUAUCCCAGGUACCUAGUCACUGGCUCUUUCUUUUGAGACAAGGAAGAACUACUACUCAGAGGUAUAUAACUCACAUGAUCUAUGGGGCCUUGAUCUCAAACUUAUAAAGCCACUACACGGUCGGUUGUGCAUAUUUCCUGGACAGUAUGACAAGCAACGGCGACAUCGACAUAAGUCAGCUCUCUCCGGACCAGCAGUCCGUUUUGGAGCAGUACACCCAGGUCACAGCGCAAGACAUCAAGGACGCAGUACCCUUAUUAGAAAGAUCGCAAUGGAACGUCCAAAUAGCAAUCGCCAAGUUUUUCGAUGGCGAGGGUCCCGAUCCGGUGGCGGAAGCUGUGGCCGCUCAAGAUCAUAUCCCACGACAAGCUGCGAGACACGAGAACUUACAAGAGAGUUUUGAGAUGGCACCGCGGCCCGGGCGAUUACCGCGAGCCAGACCAGAUCCUGCACCAAGGAUCGUACCGCAACCUCAAACGACCCAUCGCCCUCCAUUCCUCCUUGCUAUCCUGUUCGCCCCAUUCAACUUCGGAUAUCGAGCAUUCUCGACCUUUUUCCGCACCUUCAUGUACAUAUUUGCCUUCCUUCCCCCUUCGAUACGGCCCCGAGCUAUAACCACAAAUAUGACGAGGGGGUGGAAAGGCACGAUGGGUCGGCGCAUGCUUAUGCCCCGUGAUACAGCUGCGCGGUUUAAGCGGGAGUUCGAGGAAGAGUAUGGGAAUAAUAGCAUGCCCUUUUACGAGGGCGGUUUCGCCCAGGCCCUUGAUCUUGCUAAGAAAGAGCUCAAGUUCCUACUAAUAGUUCUCAUGUCGCCCGAACACGACGAUACGGAGUCAUUCACGCGGGAGACCCUACUUUCGCCCGAGAUUAUCGCAUUCGUCAAUGACCCGGCUAAUAAUAUAAUCGUUUGGGGAGGCAACGUCCUCGACUCCGAGGCUUACCAAGUCGCUGCUGAGUAUAACUGUACUAAGUACCCUUUCUCAUGUCUCGUGUGUCUCACCCCUAAAGAGGGCAGCACUCGCAUGAGCAUCGUGAAGCGUCUUGCGGGUCCUCUGUCUCCAUCUAACUACCUCGCUGAGAUCCAAACUGCCAUCCAUAAGUAUGCACCUGACCUGGCCGCUGUCCGUGCCGAGCGCUCCGCCCAGGAAGUUGCCCGCAGUCUCCGUACGGAACAGGAUUCAGCGUACGAGCGCUCAUUAGCCCGUGACCGCGAACGUGCUCGCCAACGCAGGGAGGCUGAGGCCGCCAAGGUUCUAGCCGAGAAAAAAGCUCGCGAGGAAGCCGAGGCAGCCGAGCACCGAGCCCGCCAGUGUGAGCAGUGGAGGCGCUGGCGCACAACCACCAUCUCGCCAGAACCAGACGCCAAGGCUGAUCCGAAAGACAUUGUACGCCUCGCCCUCAAAAUGCCCGACGGCGCUUCGUCCGCGGGUAGAGUUAUACGCAAGUUUGCUAGCGAAACGACAGUGGAGGAGCUGUACGCAUUCGUAGAGUGCUAUGACCUACUUCAGAACAGCGAAGAAGCCGACGAAGAAAAGGCGGCGGACAAACCAGAAGGCUACGAGCACCAGUACAAGUUCCGAAUCGUCUCGCCGAUGCCGCGGGUCGUGUACGAGCCGGAUGAGACGGCUACGCUCGGCGACAAGAUUGGGCGGUCGGGCAAUUUGAUCGUGGAGGAGAUCAUACCCGAUGACGAAGAAUCUGACGAUGAGAUAGUCGACGAGAAGAGUCCUUUAGCAGCGGGGGCAUAGAGGUGGAUACGGGAUCUACGACACAGCAAUGUAAUGUAGCAAAUAUAAUAAUUUUAUCAGAAAAGUCACCCUCGGAAUUUUUGUGUGAAGUGUGAAAUACCAAAUAUUUC